AUGUAUCAUUUAUUAGAUCUGUCGGGUGUUGAAACAUACAAGUAUAGUGAGUCUCUCCUGAUCAAUCAUAUAAUAAACGGGAUCAAGAAAAUGGGAAAUCUUGGUUUUUCUGACAAACAAAGCUUUGACUCUAUUGUUCGCGGUAUUCUAGAAGAGUAUCUUCCAGGUGACAUACUAAACUUAAUCAAUGCUAAUUACAUGUUAUGCGAUAAAACUGUGCCAUCUAAGAAACGUAGAAAUUCUAAUUUCAAAAACAAAGAUGAUGAAGGUGAAAUAACUGGAGAUGUAUUCAAGAAAAUACAAACAGUGGAUUCUUGUACAAAUUCAGUACCACACAAAAUUCCUCGACUGCGAGAAAACAAAACGUUAACUCAUUAA